AUUUUGUUUUUCUAAUCUUAUUUUUUAGAAGUAAUUAGGUUUUAAUCACUAUUAUUUACUCUAACUAUUUUCCAUCAUAGUAAUUAUUAUUUUCGUCUUUGAUUGAUUCUCUGUAUUAUCACUGAUUUCCCCUAAAAUAUCUCUUUUUGAUCUUAUUUUGCAAAAAUUUCGCCAUAAAUUUCUUUCCUUUUCGUUUUCUCAUCACACCUUGUUACUAUUAAUUAGGAUUAGGUUUCACUCUUUCUUUCACUCUCACAUCAAAUCAAAUCCCUAGAAAUUAGGAUUAGGUUUCAGUUUCACUCUUUCUUUCACUCACAUAAAAAUCACAAUUUUUUUUACCAAGAGUUCAAUUUCUUCAAAUUUUGUGUGAGAUGGGUAGUGUGAAUUACUACAGUAUUCUUAAGGUGAACCCUGAUGCAAGCUAUGAACUGAUCAAGAAAUCGUUUAAGAAUUUAUCAAGGAAAUGGCACCCUGAUAUGGUUAAUCAAGAGCCUUUGAGGAGAAAAGAGUUUGAGGCAACGUUUAAGAGAAUCUGUGAGGCUUUUGAGGUUCUUAGUGAUCCUAAGAAGCGUAGGAUCUAUGAUCUGUAUGGGAAAUAUCCAGUGAAUUUGGAGAAUGGUGAUGGGAAUAAUAAUAAUAAUAAUAAUAUGAAGGUUGAUGAUGAAGCUGUUGUUGGAGUUGUUGAAAGUGACUUGGCAUGUUCUCUUGAGGACCUUUAUUGUGGUUGCAGAAAGAAGGUCAAUCUUGUAAGAAAUGUUCCUGAUGAAUUUGGAGAGUUGAAGUCGGAAGAAGAAGUCUUGAAGAUCACCAUUAAUCCUGGAUGGAAAAAGGGCACAAAAAUCACUUUUCCUGGGAAAGGAAACCAGCUACCUGGCUCUCGUCCACUUGAUCUGGUUUUUGUGGUGAAUGAGAAACCGCAUCCUGUAUUCCAGAGGGAUAGACAUGAUUUGGUAAUGAGACAAAAGAUAUCAUUUCUUGAAUCUCUUGUUGGAACGACUCUCAACAUAACAACCUUGGAUCGAAGAAAUAUCACAGUUGAAGUUACUGAUAUUGUGACGCCAGGCUACGAGAAGGUGAUCCCGGAUGAAGGUAUGCCACUUGCAAAGGAGCCAGGCAAGAGAGGAAAUCUAAGAAUCAAGUUUGAUGUUGAGUUUCCAUCAAAUUUGACCUCACAACAGAAACAUGAUGUGAGAAGGAUUUUGAAUGAGGCUGAUUAUAACUAAACCAAUACUUUUAGUCUAAUCUAAUGUUUUUAACUCUUGGUUAAUCUAUCAUUAUCAAAUAGAGGCUAUAGCAGCAUGAUAGUGCAAUAGGGUAGUUGAAUCUAAACAAUUUUUUCUUGUUUUAAGGUUGUUUUUUAAUUCUGUGUUGAAAAAUUAGUGCCUUUAGGAACGCUAUUCCACUCCA